AUCUAGAAUAAUACAUUACAAUAAAUAAACCAGUGAAUUAUUGAAUCUGAAUGAGUUUCUCUAAUCCUUGGGAGCCACAACUGUUAUUUCAGAAUUUAUUAAUCCACUUUUCAAUUCCUUUGAAAGAUCUAAAAUUUCUUUAAAUACAGGAUUCUCUUUCAGCUGUUAAAGUAGGAACCACAAACAAGGAAAAAAGUAAAGAAAAACACAGUUGACAAAAUGGGUAUCUGCAUAUCCAGUGAAUCUUUUGAGAUUCAUGCUAUUAAUUAUGGCCAUGCAAAUUUGGUUCACUAUGAAGACAACAACAACAAUGGAUACCAACAAAUUGGUUCAGUUUAUUCUCAACAAGGAUGCAAAGGACUCAAUCAAGAUUCUGCUAUUCUCUAUCAGGGGUAUGGUGUAGAAAAUGGAGUUUUCAGUGGAGUUUUUGAUGGGCAUGGAGAGAAUGGACAGAUAGUGAGCAAGUUAGUUAUGAAUAAGUUGCCAUCUUUGCUUCUGAAACAUAUACUUUCUCUCCCAAAGAUCACUUCUCCAAAACAAAAUGUGAAAGAAGUUGAUGAAUCGGCGAAGAACAAGAAUUUUAACAAGUGGAAAGAGGCUUUUCUGAGUUCCUUUAAGGUGGUGGAUAAAGAAAUUAAAUGUCUUGAGAAAUUGGACUGUUCUUGCAGUGGAACAACUGCUGUGGUUGCUAUAAGACAGGAUGAUGAUCUGAUUAUAGCUAAUCUUGGCGAUUCUCGAGCUGUACUAGGAAGAAAGACAGAGGAGGGAACAAUUGAGCCUGUUCCAUUAACUACUGAUUUGAAGCCUAGCCUGCCUUCUGAAGCAGAAAGAAUAAGGAAUUGUGGUGGAAGAGUGCUAGCACUAGAAAAAGAGCCACAUAUACAGAGAGUGUGGUUACCCAAUGAAGACGCUCCUGGACUCGCCAUGUCUAGAGCUUUCGGAGAUUUCAUGCUCAAAAACUAUGGUAUUAUCUCCAGGCCUGAUGUCACCUAUCACCAUCUUUCUUCCAAUGAUCAGUUCCUUUUUCUAGCAACUGAUGGGGUAUGGGAUGUGCUUAGUAAUGACCAAGUCGUUUCCAUAGUGUGU